CAUCGUUUUCUAUCGGGGUGAAAUGCCCGGAAAGCCCUCAACAAACUUCGAUGGAGUCUACAAAGUGAAUUACAUCUAUUUUACAUACACAUUCAUCUGUAGCAGACACCAGAGAUGCUGAAGAAAAUGGCCGUGAUCCGGUGGUUAGUGGUGGCGUUACUGCUGGUUUUUCGCAUCCAAGAAGUUCGAUCAGGUGCCUCAGAUCACAAGUACAAAGAAAAAGAGGAAGUUCCCAUUUACGCCAACAAAGUCGGCCCCUUCCAUAACCCUAGUGAAACAUACCGCUUUUUUGAUCUACCCUUCUGUUUACCAGCUCAUUUAAAGGAGAAGCCAGAAGCUCUUGGUGAAGUACUGAAUGGAGACCGAUUAGUCAGUGCCCCUUAUAAGCUUCCAUUUAUGGUUGAAAAAGACUCAGAAACUGUUUGCAGAAAAAAACUAACAAAACAGGAAGUUUCCAAAUUCCGAAGUGCUGUUGCCAAGGAUUAUUAUUUCCAAAUGUACUAUGAUGACUUGCCUUUCUGGGGCUUUCUAGGGAAAGUUGAAAAAGACAAAAAUGACCCUAGCGAGGAAAGAUUUUACCUUUUUAAGCAUCUUCACUUCGAGAUCCACUACAAUAAAGAUCGUGUCAUAGAAAUAAACGCGAAAGCUGAUCCUAAUGCUGUGGUGGAUCUCACUGAAGACAAAGAAGUUGAGGUGGAAUUCAUGUAUUCAGUCAGAUGGAAAGAAACAAAUAUUCCUUUUGAGAAUAGAAUGGAGAAAUACUCUCAAUCUUCUUCACAACCACAUCAUUUGGAGAUUCACUGGUUUUCAAUUAUCAACUCAUGUGUCACUGUUCUACUGUUAACCGGUUUUCUUGCCACCAUUCUUAUGCGUGUCCUCAAGAACGACUUUGUUAAGUAUGCUCAUGAUGAAGAGGCAGCUGAUGAUCAAGAGGAGACUGGAUGGAAGUACAUUCAUGGUGAUGUGUUUAGGUAUCCAAAGUACAAGUCUUUGUUUGCUGCUGCCCUUGGUUCUGGGACCCAGCUAUUUUCGCUUGCACUUUUUAUCUUUGGACUUGCACUUGUUGGUGUGUUUUAUCCAUAUAAUAGAGGAGCUCUGUUCACUGCAUUGGUUGUCAUAUAUGCUCUUACUUCUGGGAUUGCAGGCUACACUGCAGCCUCCUUCUAUCACCAACUAGAAGGAACAAACUGGGUGAGAAACCUACUCUUAACCGGAUGCCUCUUUUGUGGGCCCCUCUUUCUAACCUUCUGCUUCCUAAACACGGUUGCAAUCGCCUACACAGCCACAGCUGCACUACCUUUUGGAACAAUUGUAGUGAUUGUUUUGAUAUGGAGUUUGGUGACAUCACCUUUACUUGUUCUCGGGGGUAUUGCUGGAAAAAACAGCAAAGCUGAAUUCCAAGCUCCUGUUCGCACCACAAAGUAUCCCAGAGAGAUUCCACCUCUCCCAUGGUACAGAAAAACCAUCCCUCAAAUGGCCAUGGCUGGCUUUCUCCCUUUCAGUGCAAUCUACAUUGAGCUUUACUACAUCUUCGCCAGUGUGUGGGGCCACAGAAUUUACACCAUUUACAGCAUCUUAUUUAUUGUUUUCAUCAUUCUCUUGAUUGUCACUGCCUUCAUCACUGUUGCUUUGACUUACUUCCAACUUGCUGCUGAGGAUCAUGAAUGGUGGUGGAGGUCUUUCCUAUGUGGAGGGUCAACGGGUGUUUUCAUAUACGGGUAUUGUUUGUAUUACUACUAUGAGCGAUCAGACAUGUCGGGAUUCAUGCAGACCUCCUUUUUCUUCGGUUACAUGGCUUGCAUUUGUUACGGCUUCUUUCUCAUGCUCGGCAUGAUCGGUUUCCACCAAGAUGAGAAAUUGAAUAUCACAUACAUAGAUGUUGGAGAAGAAAACAAAUUCAAAAAUAGACCACCUUCUGGGUGCAACAGUCCUGAACACACUGCAUCUGAUGCUUACAUCCCUGAUUCGAAGAUCGAGAAUGAAGAGGAUUAUGGUUCUGAUUUUGAAGACGACACCAUGGAAACGGGCCAUCAGUCUAAGGACAAAGAUGGUUUAGGGGUUUAUCUCCUUUGUAUCAUAUCGCAAUUUUGA